AUGGCCAAAGUCCCUCUAUCUGUCAAUUAUCACUUCAGCAGGAUGUGCAACAAGAGUUGCGGUUUCUGUUUCCAUACUGCUUCAACUUCUUACAUCGAGUCCGUGGAGAAUGCCAAGCGUGGCCUCUCGUUGCUGAAAGCAGCCGGGAUGAAGAAAAUCAACUUCGCCGGCGGCGAACCGUUUCUACAUCCGAAGUUCCUCGGCAAAAUGAUAGAUCAUUGCAAAGAGGUCCUGCAUGUUGAGUCUGUUUCCAUCGUCACCAACGGCAGUUUAGUCACUGAAAAGUUCCUCUCGAAACACGGAAAUAAUAUUGAUAUCAUCGCCGUUUCCUGCGACUCGUUUAAAGAAGUGACCAAUAUCAAGAUUGGCAGAGGAAUGGGGGAUCAGGUCACCAAGCUCUAUGGGAUCCGCGAUCUUUGCAACAAGUAUGGGAUUAAGUUCAAGUUGAAUACCGUCGUCUGCAAGCUCAACUUCGAAGAGAACAUGAAUCAUUUCAUCGACGACCUUCGGCCUUUCCGCUGGAAGUGCUUCCAGGUUUUGAUCGUCAAGGGAGAGAAUGAUUCUGAUCAGACUCUGCGCGAUGGUCGAAAGUUUACUAUUACCGACGAACAAUAUGAAAUUUUCUGCUCCAAGCAUCGCCACCAGAAGUCUUUCGUUCCCGAGCCGAAUAGCCUCAUGUCGAAAUCAUAUCUAAUCCUCGACGAAUAUAUGCGAUUCCUCGACCGGACCGGAAAACAGCCAUCGGAGUCUAUUUUGAAAGUUGGAGUCAAAGAAGCCCUUGCGAGUGUCUUUUGGGAUGAGGCCAGCUUUGGUGCCAGGGGAGGAGUGUAUGAUUGGACUCGUGAGAAUACCCAAGCCAAUUCCAGCCUCGAAUGGUGA